AUGCUCCCACAACCAAUUAAAACUACUCCUUCUGCCUUAAAAAAUCAAACUUCUAAUUCUCUUAUGAAUCAAAUGAAAUAUAAAUCAGAAGAGUCUCAAACUAAACUUAUAAGUUUCUUAAUGUAUGUAUUGUACAGUUUAGGUUAUAGCUUUGUGGUGAGAAAACCAACUAAAGUAAAUUGCCAACGCAUGAGCAUUAUUCCUAUUUGUGAAAUAAGAGACAUUUUUGGUAAUGUUGUUUUUAAUGAAGAUCUUUUGAAAGAAGAUGAAAUUAUGAAACUUGUUUGUCAAGUAAAAAAAGAAAGUUUACAUCAAAGAAUAAAAGCAAAAUACAGUAGAGUCGUUUGUGCUAAUUUCAUGACUCAAACUAUUGACCAAUUCCCAAAUACUUCUUUCAUUUUUGGAACUUCAAAAAAGACUUGUGAAAUAGAAACCCAAUGUGGAAAUAUUCAUCUUCCUGCUUUCCCAAAAAUUCAAGCAGCCACUAUAAACAACUUCUUGUAUGAUAAAAAUGCUAUGGAGAAUAUCGGUUCUCACUUUUACAAAUUUCUGAUUGAUCAGUCUAAAAACUUAAAGAAACUUGAACAAUUUAUUGUUUCUCCAUUGAUUAAUGCUGUUUGA